UAUAUAUUGCCAUGGUCUAAUGAGCUGCUUAUUUAUUUAGCAUCGAUAACGAAUCAAGGCAUCCUGGUGAGAGACUAGCGCUUUUAAACUGGAAAUUUGAAGUUGGGAAACAUUUGAAUGAUCUGCUGGCUAGUUGCUGCAGCUAGAAUCGUCCGUUAAAAUGCACCUCGUGAGUUUUGCAGUUAUUUUGAUACUCCUUCACUCCGUUAGCGUCGCAAGAGCAAAAAAUAUUGCCAACGAAAUCGAGGAUUUAUAUUCAGGUAUGUUGACAGCACCUUUUUUUUUUAGGCAGAAACGUUGUUUGUCACGUCUCGAAGAUUCAUUAAUUCACGUUUGAACUUUGCGUUAUGAAAGUACACUGCGAUGGAGCGGCUGUCGCUAAAAGCAGGAUUAGGUUAAUUCUGUUACGCAUAAAGAGGUUUUAUAAACCAUGACUGCAUGACCAGUACAGAUCACUGCGACAUAAUGCCAAAUCCCAUCCUGUGAUGUUAAGCAGAGAGACUGGCUUUACUCUUGUUAGUUUAAAGGCCCUUACGUGAAAGAAAAGGUGUCCGUUUCGAGGAAAAACUGAAACUGAACGACACAUUGAAACCAAAAGAGACAAUAUAACUGACUAAUUCAUUCGUCUUUGUCAAAUGUUCAUGGGAAGAAAACUAAUGAAUAAUUAAGAUAGAAGUCCGGUUUAAUCGAGCCGAACUAGAAUUAAUUUACGUUCUUGAAUUCUAACUACGACGAAAAUAAAUGACAAAUUAAAUAACUCAUUUCUGAAUGACUUCUCAAGUAUGUGGCUAAUUCAUAGAGCGCCUCGCCGACGUAAAUAUUGACAUUUGACACAAAGGACGAGUCUCCGGGGCAUAACGUUAAACAUUUAUGCCAAAUGCAUGCAGUUUACUGAAAGCAAAAAUUUUGGAGGACCCCAUCUUCCCUCAGGAAGGAAUCGAGUCUCAGAAAAUUUGACUUUUUUGAGAAAAUUAACUCUCAAUUGUAAUUAAUCUUUUUAGGGGUACUUGAUUACAGUCUCAUUACAGGUUCAGAUAAUAGACUUGGUAUUUUGUGACAAAUUUGCGUGACACAUGUUUCGCUCUAACUUUCGGCAUGAUGAUUCAGUCUUUGGUUGUGUUUGUAAAGGAACUGAAAACCGGCUACAGACAAACAUCACUUCCUAUGAAAUCUGGAAAAAGUGGAAAUGGAGUUCUAGGUUAACUAAAAAAAUAGGACAAAAUGAUGUAUAAUUAAUAUGAUAAUCAACAUAAGUAUCUAUAUUCAUAUGAUAGACAUCAUUUUGCGAGUUGAGAAUUUCCCAAUUUAGUGACAAGAACUUAAAGAAAUUCAUCUCUAAUCAUUUUUGCCUUUAUUUGCAUUCUCAUCAAACAGGUUGAGAUUCCCCAUAUCCUUUUGUUCCUGGUUCAUUCGUCUUUUCAUAUCUUUCCAAUUCCCCACCUGCCCUCUUUCAUUGCCCUUUAAGUUUUUCUUUAACUUUACGGUAUGUACUUUCUUAUUUCAUCUCUGAUCGCGUUUUUCCUUUUUUCUACAUUUGCUAUCAGAAAUUGGCUCUCUAUCCGAAAUUGGCUCUCUAUCCGAGGAUGAAAACAUGGAAAAAGUUUUGGAGGAAACCAAUGGUAAAAUAUUUCUAUCUUAAACCUUAAAAAGUCCAUUAUGAAAAUGGUUGGUUAUGAAGAAAACCUAGAAUCGAGUAAUUUAAUUCUUCGACCCUUUCCUUGAUUUCGUUGGUUUAAUUUUUAUGGAAAUCGACUUACAACGCGUGAUUUAUCUAUUUAUUGCCUUUUUUUCGACAGAGUGGCUUGAAGAAAUGGAUGAGGACGAACGGAUGGAGUUUGAAGGUAAUACUGCCACGAUAACUUAUUACUUACGAUGAUAAUAAUAAUAAUAAUAAUAAUAAUAAUAGCUAAAACAAUAAUGAAUAUAGUGAUUAUGAUAGUAAUAUUGAUAAAUCAAUCACAAUAACGGUAAUAAUAAUGACAAUGACGAUAAUAGUAAUGAUAAAUAUAAUAAUGAUCAUAUAAUCAUAAUCACUAUAUUUCGCAACAACUUUGACUGACCAAAAGAAUCUACCCAUACAAGAUGUCAGUGAAAUCAUUUCUUUUCUCGGACAGAAUCUCUGAUCUUUGAUUUUAGGAUAGAUGGUACUUUUAUUUAUUUUACAUGUAGGAUUCACUGCGCAUUUAAAGCUUUUAGAUGGAGCCGUCGACCAAGCUUCACUAAUUGAAAAGAAAAUAGCUAGUGUUACUCACUCUUAGGAUUUGACUUCGGACAACAAUUUUAAGUUUUGACUUUCUAUUUUCCAAAAAGGAGACCUGUGAUAGUUUUUAUAACACUUAUCUCAAGCCUGCCGUUGUUAUUUCUACGAAUUUGGAAAGAUAUGUCACUUACUUGUGCAAAGAGGGGGGAAAAAUCCCUCUGGACAGGUGCAGUCGAAGCUUUCAUCAGGUCCCUUGCUACAUGUCCCGUUAUUUCGACAUGGGUUUGGAACGCAUGGAUCCUUGAUGGCUUCCAGAGCAGAAUAUGAACAAAAUGAAAUGAUAAAGACCAAAAAAUAAAAGCAAUUAAAGUUAUCCUCAGCUACGAAAUAUAUAGGGCUUUUAUUGUAUUUCAAAACGACGAAAGGAUAUAUAAAAAAAACUUCUCACCAGUACAUUUGAAGCCAUCUCCUCUGAAUCCAUCCUUACAGAUGCACUGUCCACUUUGGCAAGUUGCAUUUACGUCGCACCUUAGACACAAAUUUUCUGUUUUUUGUGAUGAUGGAAAAGAUAUUGCUUGGAUCAGUUCCGUGUAUUGCAUCUAUCUCGAAUUAAUAACCUUUCCAUUUGAUGCAUUAUAUGAGCAUUCUAUUUUUUGAACUUUGUCAUGUAUUGGCGGUGAGAACUGGAUGACGUACCUUCACAUUUCUGCCCUGUAUAAUCCGGUGGACAUGCGCAGUAGUAAUGUAAAAAGCCUAUGUCCCAGUCCUUUGGAAAGUUUGUGUACUUGCUAAAAGUAUCAAUACAUCUUCCACCAUGUAAACACGGAUUUGUUACACAAGGAUUGGGAACUAAUAAAGUAGAAAGAUGUGAAUUAAUUUGGCUGAUAUGGUUCACGAGGCCUGUAACAAUUCUGAAAAGAAUUCCUCGUAAGAUUUUCAUUUCAUUUCAUUUUUUUUCUUUUUUUUAAUAGUGUUUCCUUACUUUCACAAUUUUCUCCUUUAUAAAGGAGAGAGCAAAUGCAUUGGUAUUUCCAGUGCCCUCCUGCAUUCUUCGGAACGCAUUUACCGUCAUUAAGGCAGGGGUUGGAGUCACAAACAUGGACUGCAAAGAAAAGGUCGCUUGAGUCAGCAUAAAGGUGAAAUAAAUCUUCAACUUAAGCUUUCAGAAAGAAAUUUUUACUAGGCACAGAGUACAUCGUGACUUAACAAAAAACUUCAAGAACUACGUUUAAAUAUUUUUAUGCAUUUGGAAAUUUUGAAAGCAGAGAAGUAAAGGGGUGUAUCUUUGUAUGUCAGGUCGUUAGAAAACGUGCUCACCUCUGCAAUAUGGCGGACUAUAUCCCAUCGGACAUAUGCAAGGAUAAUUGGAGUUAUCCUCAACGCAUUCGCCGCCGUUUUUGCACGGAUUAGCAAGGCACACUCGUUUCUCUGUGUAAAUGUAAAAAUUGGCAAACCGAUUGAAUAGGAAAAAAACGCACACAACGUAUUUCAAUUGGGCCAAUUCUCCCAGUCAGUAUAAAUAAACUGGUGUUGAAUGAUUCAAAUGACUGGGCAGUCAUAAGAGGGGAUCAGUAAAUUCGCCUCACUUUCGCACAGCUUUCCUUUGAAUUCUUCUCUGCAGAUGCAUUCGUGAGAGGCGUGUCUCUGUUGACAUGUGCCGCCAUGUUGACAUGGGUUUGGAUCACAGUAAUCUAAGUCUGUAAGAAAACAGUUAUAACUUUAAAAUUCAUAACGUCAGCUAAAUAAUGUCAUCUUAGCUUUCAGGGUAAUAUUUUCAUAAUCUUCCCCACAACGUGGUAAAAGUGCAAACGUUUGACAUAUUUGAGUACUAGGAAGGUCAGGUAAAUGCAGCAUCGAUGUUUCUGUCGUAAGUUUAUUAAAAGAUGCAAGCCCAUUCCAUUUCUAUGAAAUUGUUGAUUUACAGAUUACCUUCGCAAUGCUUCCCUGUGAAUCCAGAUCUGCAGUAACACUUGUAAUUGCUAAUAGUCUCAACACACUGUCCGUCGUUUUUACACGGGUUUGGUCUACAAAAGUUCUUCUCUAAAACCGAGUAAAUCAACGCAUGUAUAUGUUAUACAGCAGUAUUAAAUAGAGAAUAAUACGUGGGCGCGGUAACGAUUUCAAGAAAAAAAAAAAAAAAAACGACAGCAACAUGGAAAUGAGAGUCUCGUUGUGUUUGAAACCUAAGCUCAAUCGUUUUUCAACACCUCUGUGGCUGAACGAUAGGGGAUUUCUUUACAACAGGUACUAAUGCCAACAAUAACAUCUUUAUUCUUCACAGAUUUGUAUAAAAAUAGACAUUUCAAAGUCUUUGCUUUAAAAAUGUAACAAUGCCUAUAAGCUAAUAAUCUACCUUCGCAGUUGUAACCCAUGUAUCCUGUUGGACACUGACAUUGGUAAUUGUUCUCUAUUUCCUCGCACUUUCCACCAUGUUCACAUGGGCUCGAAGAGCAGUAUAACUUGGCUAUCGAUGAACAAGCAAAAAUAUCAAACAGAUAAACUGGAAAAAAAUUUUAAAAAUUUUAAAAAAUAGUAUUAUAUUUAAUAAAUUUUAGUGAAAAAUAACUUUGAUGAGUUUUCAUGAACUAGAAACCAAUGUUAACCGAACGUUGUGAUUGAGAAAUCAAUUAAAUUGAUGUCGUAAAUUUUUUCUUCAAUAAAUAAAAAAAGCUUUAAGCGUAGUAUACAUACCAUCGCAAAACCUUCCUUUGUAAUCCUUUGAACACAAGCAAUGAUAGCCAAAGCGACUGGAUAGCCAAAGGCCGCCAUUUCUGCAAGGAUUAGCUGUGGUAAUGAAAUAGUCAAUGGAACUUCCGUGAGAGAUGUCUUUCUCCCAUUAGUAAUAAGUUAGCUUGGGCACCAACAUCUAACCAAGCGAAGCUGUAUGCAAAUAGGUAAAUAAUUGGCUCUGACAUAGUUGCGAAACUUACAAAUCAAGAAGCUAUAUAGCUAUGAACCAUUUGCUUUCUGUAGUUACACUUAAUUCGCUGACUACGCAGCAACUCAUUAAAAAAAUUUUAGGUCAAUCGAUGAUGAGAUGGAAGCUGGCCACUCGAAUAUAUCGGUUUUUGAGUGAUGGGAAGAUUUGAAUAUUGUUAAAUGAUAAUACUAUUAAAAUAUGGUGCCCUUAAAAUCUCAAAACCAACCUGGGUGAUAAACAUCUACGUGCAGCACACUGUAAUCUGGCGAUGCUCUUAAAGGAACAUAAAAAGGUUUUGGAACAAUUUCAUAUCUCGGCACCUGAACUGCAACUGGAACUUUCCUGUAAUGAUGAACUUGAAUGGGAUUUGGGAAUAUCUCUAGCGGUUCUAUUUGGGGAUGCCAGUCACGGCGUACAUGAAUUGGCUGGAAAGGAUAUGGAUGAGGUACUCGUAAAGCAUUCGCCUCGUUUGGAUCUAAAAUCACUUGUCUGUAGCUUGUCUGUAGCUUCUCUCCUGCAUUGUUCACAUCAAAAUCGUCCAUAUCUUGUUUGUCGUAUGAGGUCUCAUAAUUGGAUUCAACGUUAUCGUCCACAUUUAAUCGCUCAAAAGAGUGUCGCUUGGUCGGACGAUUAUUUAAGCUUAUGGCACUGUUUUUAUGUAUCCACGCCGUAAAAUGGUUUUCCAGUGACUGAUUUCUUAACGCCUCGCUCUGAUUCCGCGGUGUUAUCUUCAACCCAGAGACCUUGAUGAGUUUACAGCUGAACACCAGUGUAAUCAAAACAAGCAAAUAAUGUAUACUAAACAUGGUAAAAGGACAAAUAUUUCUCUCAGGCGGUUUACAUGAUGAACGGUGUGACUUAAAGUUACUCAUAAAAAUAAACAAUAUAAAUUUUCUACUUUGAAAAAAAAUCAAGGUUAAUAUUUAUUAUUCAUGUAAAUUCUGGUUACCUAUUUUAAUAUUCGCGGGGAUCGUAAAGAUACAAUGCAGGUAUUUAACUACAGUGUAAGAUGGUUAAAGACCCCACUGAAUCCGUUGAUUCUAAAGGAAUAAACCAUGAGAAAUACUCCCACUUAGAAGAUGGUAGCAGUAUAUUUUUCUUGGCUUGAAGUUCUACUCAAUAUUUCCUUCUCUUAUGAGUCUUUCUUUAUUUUCUCAUGAGAAAUGAUUUUUUAAACAUAAAUUUACCUUUUCUGAAUCAAAUUGCUCUCACAUCCACCUGCUUUUUCACAAAAUACCAGAAAAACGACUAUAUGAGACCAUUUUAUGGCAUGCAAACGCGCGUCGUUGAAUGAUAGAAAUUCCAAUGUAUGCGAAUGUACAUGAUGUGAAACGUAUGGAGCUGAAUAGUCUCCAGCCGCGAAAAAUUAUUUUUAAAUUUUCUUUCUUUUAUUAUGCUAAAUUUAAUGUUGCUUUGCAGGGCGGUACCCAGACGACAAAGCCAUAGAGAAUGACCCUGAGAUAACAGAAGUAGCCAACAAAGGUUAGUAACGACAUCACUGAGAAAUAUCUGUGCUGGAAAAAAAAAAAAAAAAAAAAAAAAAAACUGUAGGUUUGUGUGGCGGACACUCGGGAAAAAUAUUAAAAAAAUUAUUUGAAUGUUGAAUCAGUCGCACCGCGCAGUCCUACGCUUGGAUGUAUUUGCACCAUCGCAAAAAAGCUCGGUAUGUAUGUAUGUCGUCAAUUCUAACAUUCUUGAGAUUCAAACGACUAACUAUUGAUAUCUAAAAAAAAGACAGGAAUACCCGUCGGAUGGGAAAUGCACGCACAUUUUGCAGCUGAGCUUCACACCUCACAAAUUUAUUAAGGAAUUUUCUUCAACGAGCAGUAAGAAAAUACCACUUCGCUUUGUAGAUAUCUUGUUCAAAGAACUUUGUCUGGUUUGGUGAUUAUUGAUCAAAUCUAAAUCUUGCCAGGAUGAGGGAGGGCUAGGAGAGUAAGUUGAUUAAAAAUUUCCCCUUGGAAGGGACCCUUUUUUUUUUUAAUAAAGAUGGACUUAAAAGUUGCUAUUGACCUUCACCUAUGGUUAAUUUAUUUACUCUGCGAACCUACAGACUAUGAUAAUGCGAUGGAACGGAUAAUCGCCGUCAAUCUUGCCCACUGGAGAAAGCGCCAAGAGAAAAGGCAACUUCAAGAAAAACGAGAGUAUCAAGGCAAUGUACAAGAAAUGAUCGAAACGACGAAUGAAGGUAAGUUUGAAAAGUUUCCCCCUUUUUCUGAUCGUUUGUGUCACAGUGAAAUACUCGUUAAUGUUAAAUACUACUUAUAUGAAUAGUGCCUUUCCGCGUGCUGAUUGGUUAUCUUGCAUGAGAAUAGCCGAGUAUUAUUCACCUCCAAGGAGCCACAGAGAAAAAAAAUGGAUCCUUGGUCGCCAUGGUUUGUCAGGGGGAAAUAAUUUAGAGAAACGAUACAACUUUGAUUAAAAAAAAAAAUUAAACUUGUAUGAAAAUUUACACCAACUUGAUUUCUCGUUUGUUUCUUGUAGCGGAAGGUUUCUUCUUUGAUCAAGGAGACAUGAUACUCGAUUGUGACCUUUACGAAGAACUACAUCCUGGAAAGACUUGUAAAACCGGCCAGGCGAGAACGAAGAGAAAUGCUCUCAGAACUCGCAAACGACUUUGGACGUCAAGGGUGAUUCCGUAUAAAAUUCCAUCGUACAUGAGUAAGUGCUAUGGCAUUUCCAAAUAAUAGAAUUGAAAUUCACGAAAAAAUUGAAAUGUAGCUGCAUCAUAAAACAACUACGUCGUUAUGAUGAAUGCUGAAAAGCACCUGGCAAUUCUGAUACAUCGCAGAACCAAAGUUUACGCACUCGCCAAGAACAAUGAAUCUCUACUGUUUGCAAUUUAGAAGAAGAGUCAGAGUCUUUCAUAAUGAACACCAAUCUUCUGGAACAACGCUCACACUCGUAACAAGCAAUUGGCUCCGACGGGUUAAUAGAAUCUGCAAGAGAUCCAAAAGUGUGCUUGAAAGUAUUGAUCAGCGUAACGCGCCUUGUCUGUAUGGGACACUGUCCAAUACACUUUUACUUCUAGAUCUGGCCCACGUUACUUUUGAUAAAUAUGUUAUUUACUGUUUUUUUUUCCUUAAUAGUCCUAUUCUCCCUUUUUCAGGACACAUCGUGGGAAAUCUUAACAAAGUUAUCCAGAUGUUUCAUAGAGUAUCGUGCAUACGAUUUGUGCCAUACCGCGGCCAGAAGAAUUACAUCUUCUUCGAUAAUGAUGACGGGUAAAGUCUUCCGCAGCAUAACUUUAUCGUGAUAUAGUGUCUAUGAUGUAAUUGUAAGUUAAAUCAAGUUCGCUUUGAAAACAUGCUGGCAUUAUAUAUCCGCAGGUAAGUUAAUUGAGAUUUUCUAUUGAUUAUAACAAAAACGACGAUGAUGAUGAAGACGAUAAUGAAAAAUCAUUCGGGUACAAUAUAAAACUGAAAGAGGCUUGUAUAGUUUCCUUUUUGUCGUCUGUGUCUUCAUUAGAGCGAAUUGAUGUUUUACAAUUACAUUAAAUCCCAUUAAUCAAUACCUGCUUCAUUUCCAAGCUUUUCGUUGAAAAUUGUUACUAGACUGUUAUCAGUUAUGAACUAAAUUUUGAAUGGCUGUUAAUAUAUGAACAUCAUAUAUGAGAAACUAAAUUAUGUUAAGAAGUUCUCAUUUUGUGUUUAUUUCAAAAACAGAUAGGAAAACUACUCAGAUAAAUGUCUGUUGUUGUGUUUUUCUUCGCUACGGUGUUUACUUGAUUUUGCGCCCCACAAGAAGGGUACAAGCGUUUUGUUGGUUUCCAAUCUUUUUUCCCAUUUUUCAAACUCUUUCAUUGCAUGUCUACUUCAAUGGUAAGCUUACCACAUGUUACCAUGUGAUAAUGUUGGCAGUUGUCCUAAUUUUAAUUUCCCUUGACUCUAAUGACUUCCGCUCAGGUUGUCGAAACGUCAAUCACAACUAACGUCAACCGUCCUCCUUAGGACUACAGUCAACCGGACGAUCACAUUACGCUUUCAUCUGAACUUCUGUCGUUUGCUUGUAGGUGCUCAUCUAAAGUAGGGAAGAGUUAUGCUGUGGCUGGAGCUCAGAAACUUUCCCUGGGGCAAGGAUGUGACUUCGAAGGCACCAUCAUACACGAAUUACUACAUACUCUUGGUGAGUGAAAAGUAAAAUACGAGGAUAAAGUCAGUUGCUUUGGUUGUCAUCGUAACAGUAUUUACUCGAUUUGCUCGUAUAAAAGAGCCUCAUGCUAUUGUUUUCUGAAAAAUGAUGUCUUAAAAUUCAAACUGCCCGCAGUUCCCUUCUCUUUCAAUCAGUCCUUUAUUCGGAUCACGUAACGGACGAUACUCUAGAGAAAAAGAGAAAGUACUCUUUACCAUACCUAAUCUUUGAAUUCUCUAUUUAGCCAGAGAUAAAUAAGAUAGCAUAAUUUGACCCUUGCUUUGAAAACUUGUUCCCUAAGUUUAACAAUUGACUUUGUAAUCUACCCUUUUGGCCUCUCUCUAUUUGUAGGAUUCUUUCACGAGCAAGCAAGAGAUGACAGGGACAAAUAUAUUGAAAUCAAAUGGGAAAAUAUUCUCGACGGUGAGUUUACACCGAUAUCGGCAACUAGAUAUCCAUAAAAGCUUCAGUAUCUCCUUAAAAAAAUCCUCUCUCUUACGCUUCUUUCACGAGCAAGCAAGAGAUGACGGAGACAGAUAUAUUGAAAUCAAAUGGGGAAAUAUCCUCGACGGUGAGUUUACACCGAUAUCGGCAACCACACCCACAUAAAAGCUUCAGUAUCUCCUUUAAAAAAAUCCCCUCUCUUAUGCCUCGGCCUCGUAAAGAAGUGAAAUCAUAAAGUGUGAUUAGUACUUGAAUCAUAAAGUGUGAUUAGUACUUGUUCAUGUCGCUACCUCAAGGAGGUAAACGGUUUCGAAAAUUUUUGUCUCGACCGAUCAUAAAUUCGUGAUGUUAUGAACGUGCCUCUGGUAAACCUUGAAAAACCAUAACAAUUGUAAUGUGACACUUUAUUUUACAGGAUUUUCAGACCAGUUUGACAAGUAUAGCUACAAAACUAUAGACAAAAUUGGAAAAAAUUACGAUUUUCAAUCCAUCAUGCACUAUGACAGGAGAGCUUUUACGAAGAAUGGACUGGACACGAUCAUCAGGUUUGAUAAGCCAGUCGGAUGGAAGGACUUUGGAACGCCUCAGAAAACGAUGAGUCCUCAGGAUAUAGUUGAACUCAACGCCUUGUAUGAUUGCGAAAGUAAGUAAUUCAUGAGCAAGACUGUGUCUGUAACAUAAAUGUUAUAGACACAGGCAGACUUAUAGGCACAGAUUUAUGAGUAGUUUUACUCCUGGGAAACAGAAAGCGAGAAAUAGGAUAAGUAGCCCGCCGAACUCCCCAUGAGAAGGGUUGGGAGUCUAACCAUGGACGGGGACGUAAUGUUUUGUUCUUAUUCUAUAUAUAUAUAUAUAUUAUCGGAUGUUUUGGUGUGCAGAAUCACUGAGUAAUUUUUACGAGUUGUGCCGUAUUUUGACGAACCUGUUGUAUCGCUCAGCGAUACCACACACCAAAACUUCAAAUAAGUUAUUUAUUAUCGGACUGCUUUUUUUUUCUGCUAUCCUCUCUACUCAUUUGUCACAAGGCGGGAAAAGAAAAGCGAAUAGAGAAGAAAACAGUUUUUUUAACAGUAUAAAAUAACCAACUGUCCAUUUGACCGUACAAUAUCGCAGGAUAUUUGUACCCUAUUAGCGCGUUAUUUGUACUCUCUUUGUGCAGUUGGAUGACAAAAAGGUAUACCUGGGUACUCGUGAACAAUUAAGAGAACCUGUUGAAAAUGUUGGAUAGCAAUCAUCCCAACAAAGGGAAGUGUAAUAUGCAUAAUUGAUUUGUGCCGCUGAAACUGAAAUCAUUUUUGGUAGCGUUACUACUCAAUUCAGUGUUCAUAUUUUCGUUCAGAGCAAGACUGUUUUCGUCCUAUCCUAGUCCUAUGAAACUCCAUAAAUUCAAUAUUGUUACGUUGACUUAUCACUUUGUAGCUGUGAAUAACUACCGUAUAUUGUGAUUGUGAAACCAUUACAUUACGCUUUGUAUAAAAUGCGUUUUUACAACCAAGGCAUCUCUCACAGAAGAGCGCUAAAAGCAACACUUCUUAUCCAUCUACUGCAAAAUUGAUCGAGAGUAGGCAUAGAAAAACCUAGAUUUGCGUAAUGGAGACGUAUUAUUUAUUCACGGGAAGUGAUGUGCAGGAAUCGUAACAUCUAAGGAUAAGUUAUGAGUUUUUUUUUAUGUUAGCUUUAAUUCAUUAUUUCCUUCCUUUCAAUGCAGCAAAAAACUACGGUUGGACGCAGUGGUCGGGAUUCACGCCUUGUGAUAAAGAUUGUAUGAAAGAGCGCCAACGUUAUUGUUACAAUGCAGGUAACCCUAAGGCCUGUGGUGGCAAUGUGAACGUAUAUGGUAUCGAAACGGAAAGAGUGAAAUGUGGAAGCUACGAGUGCCCAGGUAAACAUCUCUCACAAAUUAGUAAUCGCAGAGAUUACUCAAAGGCUGUUAAUUGACUGAUUUAAGACUGCAUUCCGCGCCAAUUUUUUGCCUUGCAAUCAGUAACGUUAUAGUUGGGAACUUGCAUAAAAUAAUCAUUUAUUGCAUCUGAUUAACCAAUCUUAACACUGAUCUAGGUCAUUGUGUUUAGACUCAAGCUAAGGAUUGCCAAUAUUAGGAAUGAUAGUGACCGGUGGCGAACUCCGCAGAGACAGGGUCAAAAGGGUUUCACCGUCCCCUCUCUUCUUCACAUCAGACUUGAUGACCUUGCAACGUUAUGCAUGUGUGUAUGUAACAAUUUAUCAAUGGGAGGAGACAGCAGCCAGUAAAAACUGACAAACUUGCGGUCCCCAAGUUAAAAAUUAAACAAGUUAGGCGUCUAGAAACAACCCAAGGGAACUAAGUGUCUUUAGAAAAAUGAAAAAAUCGAUUAAUACCGUCUACACUAUGACACUUCUCUAAAAACUUAGAUGCAAAAAAAUUAGUGAGGCCCUUAUAAGAAGCGGGUUCGGUUCCAAAGUUUCGCCGCUCUUACACGAAACGCUCGCCUCUCUUCAGAAUAUUUUUUUCGAAGCGUAAGCAGACUUUAGGAAGUCAUGUCCGCUUCUUCUAUUGUUCAUGUUUGAAUUUAGCACCGUCAUUGAGCAUGUCAUUACCAAGUGACUUAAUGGAGUUUCCUUGUUAUAAUUUUUCGAAAUAGAAUUGUGCCUUCCGAUGGUCUUGGAGAAAAAUGAACCUCAUGCAAGCCAUGACAUUUUCUCACAUGCUUUGCUUUUGAAGCAUUAUUACUUAGAACGUUUACAAUACCUUUGUAAUUAGUAGAGGAGAUUGCAGAUCUACUCAAAUGAAAUUUGUAGAUGUUUAUAAGUUAUUUACUUAUCGCAUCUUAUCUGUAGUUAGAAUAAAUGGGCACUGGGGCCGUUGGUCUGAUUGGUCGAGAUGCGAUGUUUCAUGUGACGACGGCAAAAGGAAACGAUUCAGAAAGUGUGACAACCCUGAACCAAAACAUGGCGGGAAAUAUUGUGCCGGGGAAUCAGUGGAAGAGGGAGUCUGCACAAUGAAGAGAUGUCAACUCAGUGAGAAUAAAUUUUAAGCUGUGACUUUCUCGAUGAGGCCACUUAUCUUUUUGUCAUAAUGAAAGUCAGAAAAAAUUAGGCAACAAGCCGCAAAAUUUUUACCCGGAUAAUUCGUGGUACAGCGAUGUGGAUUGUUCGUCCACGUAUUUAUAGUUUUAUGUGAAACAAAAGCUGCCGUGAAACUUACGGACACGGACUUAUCUUAAGUUCUCCCGACAUAUCCAGUCGUACACGGUCAACUGAUAGUUAGCAGUUUGGAAAUUACCUAAGCCUACCUCUAUAUCAUGGAACUUGAAAACCUGUAAUGUUAAAACAUUUUUGAAAUACUAAAUGUGUCGAUCGUUCUGUUUUAAAUUCAAAAGCGAGAAAGGAAGGCGGCUUAAUUGUUUUCCGUGUUCUUACAUUAACAACGUUUUAGGUAUUAUACGCUAGAUCGAGUCCCAUUCCUUUAGCUAGGGUUUUCAUUCGUUUGGACUCAAGAGUAUCAACUUACUUUCAUUUCCAAGCAUGACUAAUUUCAUUUUGAAAUCAUUCCUUAGGAUAUCAAGACACUGAUUUUGAUGGCAAGUUAUUGGGUAUGUGGGUUAACAAGGGACAAAUUAAAUGGAUGCGGAAUAAAUAUUUCACCGGGACAAAGGAAACUGGGCCCAGCCGUGACCACACAACCGGAAAAGGUUUGGAGAAGUUACAUUGAAAUUAACUCCACCUGAUAAACUUUGGUUUAAAAAUCCCAUUUAAGUAAGGUACGAUAAGAGUGCGAGCUGCUUUACUCUAAGAAAUCGGUGGUCGAUUGAAACUGUUGGCUGCGCGACCGUUUAAUUUUGGACCAAACUGAGUUUAUCGAAACUCCAUUGAAGCCGUAGUCCUAAAUCAUUGUAACCUCCUUUAUUAAUUCUUUGAGUUCUCUAAUUUUGGAUUCGAGAUUUUUUUCAAUGAAAAUAAUAGUUAAGCGUGAAAAUGAAAGUUUUUUGGCGGUAUUAAUUAUUAAACUUCUAUGCCUGGCCAAUACAUGAAAUCAAUAAUUAGGCAUUAAUAGUCAGAAUCAAUGGAUAUACAUCCGGAGCAAUAUACGGCAUUACGAGCGUACUUCUGAUCUGACCUCUUUAUCAGGGUGUUUAACUAACUACCGAUCGACCUGCGAGGGCCAUUGAUUGGCAAAUAGCAAUCGAUAUCAAUCAACAAAUCGAUCAAUCCUGAUUAAUUCUGAUCGUCGACCUUCCUCAAUUUUUAGGCCUAGUGAACUGCUAUAAAAUUGAUGAAUAAAGAAACCUUGCCUCAUGUGUUCAUCUAAAUGAGUCAGCUCAUUUGGUUUUAGGCUACUAUCUGUACAUGGAGUCAUCCGCUCCGGCCCGGCCAGGUAGCCAGGCUAUUCUUGAGAGCCAGCCAUGGCUGUCAGCUCCAAAAGGAGGCCAGUGCAUGAAGUUCUUUUAUACCAUGUAUGGUAAAACAAUGGGUUCGCUUAUAGUCAAAUUGCAAGAGUUUGGUAAGCGAGCUAAGAACAUUUUCACAAAGACAGGCGAUAAAGGUCUUCAUUGGAUUGGAGCCAAGGUCAGCCUCAAUAUUCCAGAGGGAACAAAGUACAAGGUAAUACAGUAAAGGAGACACAACUAGAAUGUGGCAGUUUUUUUAGGCAGUCAUACCAAUUAAUUAAAAGUGUAGCCCAUCAGUUUUAAAAAAUACUUAUGCAAUCAACAAUUCUUUCUUUCGUAUUUAUUUAGGUAAUACGUUGAAGUCAAUUAAGCAAUGUUCAGUGAAGGGGUUAUCUAUCGCGCCUGGAGAAUGCUCUUACCUAUAUGCUCUAUAGAGCGAGAAAUCACAGUUUAUAUAAUUUGCUUGAUUGCUUUAUGAGUUUUUUUGGUUUAUUCCGUUAGCUCAAAAUCAUCGCCCGAGUUGGAGGCACAGGAUACUCUGACAUUGCCAUUGACGACUUAUACAUCGAUCCUGGUCUUUGUUGUGAGUAACAGUAUUUACCUUUUCUAGCCAACAUUUGUUCCAAAAAAAAUUGUUAAGCCAGAAAAUUUAUUUACGUUCCAAUGGCAUACGAGAAGAUUAUCCCAUCUCAUGGAUAGUCUUGGCAUAGCUUUACAGAAUAGAUCCUUAGACGUAGUUAAACAGAACACUCAAAUAUCGUUCGGCUCGGAGAACAGAGCCGUGGUCUGUCAUGACAUUUUUCAAAACACUUCAAAAUGAGAAGUUGUUCGUACAGUAUGUUUUUGUACUUCGUGCCAUGAAAGAAAUCCACGGAGGAACUUCCAUGAAAAUCACUUGGGUCAGUUAAGUUUGGAGUUCAAGAAGUGCGGUUAUUGACUCGAGGCCUUUUUAUUUUUAUUUUUUUUACCUUUUGCCUUUGUAAAAUUCAUUGUUUUUCCACAGCAUGUCAAGACGACUAUGUGUCGUGUUCAAAGUGGAAGGCUGCCAAACAUUGCGAGAAAAAUGUUCAGUUUAUGAGCAAACAUUGUGCAAGAAGCUGUGAUACAUGUGGUAAGAUAGACAUUCUAUCUUAAGUUAGCUAAAUUAAGAAGGUAUAUGGCAAUUUUAAUAUUUAAUGUUUGCAAUGAAAUGCAGUCUAAACCAAUAACUGUAAUGGUUUAGAUUGCGGUUAGUCUGAGUUCCGUCGGCACAGUUCUUUUUUCUGUAUAUCAAGUUGACAUAAAUUUCAUUGUGAUAAAUCUCAUGUUUAGCCCCACAUAACCCUCAUCAAUGGAAGAAGUAUGGAAUUCCUUUCUUUUAAAAUUAUUUCUCCAGUAAAUGGGUACCUAUCAGUAUUUUUUUUUCAAAGUUAUUUGGAGUCCAGAAUAGGUCAAGCGUCAAGCCCUCUUUAAUCGCAACUCUCACCAUAAAUUGAUCAAGUAUCUCAAUAAAUUUCUUCGGAAUCAUUUCUUACGAUUCAUUUCCAGAGUGCAAAGACGACAACUAUAUGUGCCCAGCAUGGGCUACACAGCCAAACGGUUGUUCUAAAAACUCUGACUACAUGCGUUCACAUUGCCAAAAGAGUUGCAGAGUUUGCCGUAAGUACAUCAAGUAUCUUUCUUUUCAUAUCGAUUUGGUUGAAUAGAUACUUGAAUUAGGAUAUGAUCCACUGAUCACUUCUCAUCAGUACCCUCCAAAAAAUAUUCUCUUCACAUGCAAAGUUCUUAGAGGGCAAUUAAACCGGUAAACAUCUUGAAUUCUUCUAGUAUGUAAAGGUUUUAUAAUGUAGCUCGGCUCUGAAACGCAAAAUCGAGAUGAAAUAUUUUCAACUUUACCCCCAUAUCAGAUCCACCUAAAGGCCCGUUGCCGGCGCAACCUCAUGCAGGUAAGCUCAAACUAAGUCAAAUUAAUUUUGCUUUCAAUUUUUACAUAUCGGAGUGUUUGUUUUGGAUCACGAUGGUGGAGAAGUUCGGCAGCAACGGAUUAUUGAUCCUGCCGUGUAUAUAGAAUAUUUGAUUGAGAAUGCUGUUGGCUGAAAGAUUGAGUUUGCAAUGCCAGUUGAAAGGAACGAAAAAAAGGGCCCUCCAAUUGUUACCGUGCACUUAUUAGCAAAUUUUUUUGGUCCAUCUUAACAUGGAAACCCUAAAAUUUAUCGUAUCAUCAUGACAACAAUAAUUACCAAUUUCUAGGGAUAGCUGCGGGCUUUUUAAGCGUAGAUGCGUUCAUGAGACGAUAGAGUAGGUUCUAAACGGGGUUUUCUUCAAAAUGAAUAUCACUCAGUUCCCGGAGUUGUAUAUUUCCGAGAGAUAAGCGUUUCCAUAUCGACUAUCGAAAAGUUUCCCUCUCUCAUUAUUUUGUUUAGGCAACAGGCCACCACCCAUGUGUAAGGACAACGACGAAACACAAUGUCCCGCCUGGAAAAAUAUGGGUGAAUGUUCAAAAAAUCCGUCUUUCAUGUCGGUGAAUUGUGCUCUGAGCUGCGGAAUAUGUAGUAAGUAAAUGAUCUUUAAAAUAUGAUGCUAAGACUUUUUUUUUCUGAGAGAAAUCAUACCAAAAUUAAUUUAAAGAAGUAAUAUUUCUAAAAACGAUUUCUUCCAGCUUGCGAAGACAAGUAUUCUAAAUGUCCCCAAUGGGCCCAGGAAGAGCAAUGUUUUAAAAACAAGAAAUGGAUGUUGGAUCACUGUCUUAGGAGCUGCCAUGUUUGUGGUUAGUUGACAUGUUUAUUUCCUACAGCCGCCUAAUAUCAGUAACGAUAGUUUCUAUUUAUCAAAUUACUGAACGCUUUUACCAUUUUGAGUGAGAUGUCUAUCUUGAGGUAUAGACGAGAAACUAGCCAACACGAUAACUGAACCACCUACAUGCAGAAGACGGCAAGAUCUUGAAAAUCGCACCUCCAUUUGUAUGCAAAGGUUUGGCCACUACGCACAAACACGAUAACUGAACCACCUACAUGCAGAAGACGGCAAGAUCUUGAAAAUCGCACCUCCAUUUGUAUGCAAAGGUUUGGCCACUACGCACAAAACUACAAAUGGACGACAGGUCAAUAGGAUUCGGUUUGGUCUAGGCAUUCUUCACAUAUAUGCAAAUAUUUAUGGCUUUGGAGUUUUUAAAUGCGUGAAUCAAACAAUAACUAAUUCAGGGAGAGUUGGCAAACUGCACAUAUUCAUUGCAAGAAUCAAGCUUAGCUGGAAUUAAAAUCGGAAAGAAAUUUCCCUAAAGAAAAAAAUUUCCACCGUAAAAUAUUGUUUUCUCAGGGCCACUUUUACGUAGUUUUAAGUUGUCGCCUUGAUCAGGUUAUGCAAACUUUGCAGUUUAUCGUUAAAAGAUAGAUUCCAUGUCGCCGUGCUUCUGUUCAGUUCUAGAUCUCAGAUGAAGUCUACUAAAAUAUGGUAAGAAGAUAAAGAGAAACACGAGGUGCAGCCGAGUGUGUCACUGAAGAAAUGAAAGAUAUAAGAUGAUAAAAACUUAUUUCUAUUUAUUCUAUUUUUCUUCUUAAAGCUUGCGGCGACAACCAUGCAAAGUGUGGACUGUGGGCCAACCUGGGGGAAUGCGGAAAGAAUGAGAAGUUCAUGACGGAACAGUGCAAGAAAAGUUGCAAGAAAUGUUAGCUGCACUGCAUAAAAAGAAAAAAAAAUUAACUGAGUUAUUUGCAUGUUCAUAGAGUAGUUCAUUGAGGUAUUCGUCAGAGGG